AUGUUCUGGUUUCUAUUUGCCCCCCAGAGCACCAUCUACCCCAGGGAUGAGGAGGAGCUGGGGGUGGAGAACACGCUCAUCUACUCUGUGAAUCAUUUCUUUCCCUCGUCUGUCAAAGUCAACUGGACCAAUAAUAGCCUGGAGGUGACUGAGGGAGCGUCUCUCAGUUGGUGCAAUCUUACUAAAGAUGGAACGUUCCACCAGUUCUCCACCGUGAGUUUCACCCCACAGAAGGGUGACUUCUACGCCUGCACUGUGGCGCACACGGCCCUGAAGGACCCCAAAACUAGGUUCUGGGAGCCUGAGUUCAGUGAGGUAAGUGCGUCCAGUACUGAUCCUGCUGUAUUCUGUGGAGUGGGCCUGGCUCUGGGACUGCUGGGGGUGGCUACCGGAACAUUCCUCAUCAUCAAAGGAAACCAGUGCAAUUGA